AUGCAGAUUAAAUUAAUAAUUGACAAUAUUGAAGAUGAAGUAGAAAUUCUUCAAGAUUUAAAUAUUGAUUCUAAAGAUUCAUCUUUAUUUUGUCUUCAAUCAUCUUCAUCAAUAUCAUCAUGGAUUGUUGAUUAUUAUUUUACAAAAAUUCAUUCAAAUGAAAUAAAUAUAAUAAAUAAUAAAUGUUUACAGCCAAAUAAUAUAAUUGGUUUUUAUGAUAUGUUUAGUAUUUAUCAACUAAUUCAAUCUUCAUCAUUAUUUGAAUUUUUUCAAUUAUGUAAAAAUAAAUUAAAACAAAUCAAAAAUGAUUUAAUGGUUGAAAAUUAUAAUAAUUAUUUAAAUCAUUGUGGUUUAAUUGAUAUCAUUGAGCUUUUUCAUCAAUUAAAAUUAGAAUCAUUUAUUAAGACAAUUAUUUUAUCGAUUAAUAAUAUUAAAAAUGAUAUGGAUCGACUAUUUUUCGAAUAUUUACUAGAAUUAUCAUCGUCAUCAUGUUAUAUUUAUGACGUCAAAACAAAAUUGAUAACAACGGAAACAAAAGAAAAUUUAUUUAAAUUAAUUGAUAAUAGAAAGAUACCGGUUGAACCAAAAAAUAUAAAAGAUUCUAUAAAACAUACACUAUGCACAUAUUUAUCAUUAUUGUUUGAUACACGCAAUGAACAUGCACUUAUACAUUGUCUUAUUACAUCUGCACGUCAUGGUAUUGAACGCGAAAUAAUUGUUGAACUGAGACGUUUAUCAAAAUUAUCAAAAAAUAAAUGUUUAACAAUAUAUGAAAUUCUUCUUUCAUUCCUUCGACGUAAAGAAUUAAUAUUAAAUCGUAUAUCAUCGUCACAACAAGAUUUCAUAAAUAAGGAUGAUAAAUCAUUUCAUCCAAUUGAUAAAUAUUACAUUGGUAUAAAACAACUUUUUGAUUUUAUUGAACAAUUACAAAUGAUAAUUGAAAAAAAUGAAAAUUUAAAAAUUGAAUCAAUGUAA